GCUUGGAGUUCUUAAUUUAUUUGUCCAUGGGAGGAAGAAGCUUCCUCGUGGUAGGCAAGGCUUUAUAUUUGGAGAUUAGACCAACCUUUUCCUACCUUUCUUGGUUUUCCUUCUCGUUCAACAUCCACCUUGUUCAAAAAGAGUUAGGGUUUCAGUCUCUGUGAAGUUCUUCUUCACCAGCGGAUCUUCCCACCACCCAUUCUUUAUUACAAGACUGUGGUGGUGUGGACAUCAAAAGGGCUGUCUCUGAGAAAUUUGAGGCUGCCCAUCUUAGCUUUCUCAAGGUAGGAGUAGGAAGGAAGGGGUUGAGGAUACAUGGAUGGUGUUACUAAGGAAGAGAAGCUUCCUCCUGGAUUCAGAUUCCAUCCAACUGAUGAGGAGCUGAUCACGUACUAUCUCCACCGCAAGAUCUCGGAUUCGUCGUUCACCGGCCGAGCGAUCGCAGAUGUUGAUCUCAAUAAGUGCGAGCCAUGGGAUCUUCCAGGAAAGGCUAAAAUGGGAGAGAAAGAGUGGUACUUCUUCAGUCUCCGUGAUCGGAAAUACCCCACCGGACUGCGGACAAACCGGGCAACGGAUGCUGGAUACUGGAAGACCACCGGGAAGGACAAAGAGAUCUUCAAUUCCACCACCUCAGAAUUGGUAGGCAUGAAGAAAACCCUCGUCUUCUAUAAAGGGAGAGCUCCCAAGGGAGAGAAGACCAACUGGGUGAUGCAUGAAUACCGGGUCCAACCUAAAUCCACCUUCAAAUCCGGCAAGGAAGAAUGGGUCGUUUGCCGCAUUUUUCAAAAGAGCGCUACGGGGGUCAAGAAGUUCCCCCAGAACCCGGUCCGAGCAAACCCAUUCAACAUUGACAUGGGCCAGGCUGCGCUUUCCAGUCUCCUACAUCAGGACCCUAUGAGCCAAGUCAACAUGGCCAGGGCCUACGCAAACAACGCCGACCUAGUGGACCUGAGCAGGGUCUUCAGGGGCUCCGUCAACAUGAACUUCCUCGGCCAACCACAGAUGCCAUUUACCAACGGUUUACAGCAUCCGGGACUCAACCUCAACCUCCCCACAUUGCAACCAGGAACAUUGCCGGCGGCUGCGCUGGCCGGCGGCCACCACCAGCCGCUGAAGAUGGAUGUCCCAACUUCGGCCAUGCUGUCAAACGUCGGCCUUCACGGCGACACGUGCUUUGGAGCAGAGCUCGGCUCCGCCGGCAAUGCCCGGUUCCAGGCCGUGGACCCAUGCCCGGAUCUAGGAGGCUACUGGCCACCAGCACCAUACUAAGUAGUUCCAAUAUUGAUACCGUAAAUGUGGCGAUUAACUUAAUUAAGUGAUGCAGCUGUUCCUUAAGUUCGUGUCUCCGUUCGUCAAUUUUGGGGAGUUGGAAGAACUCUAGACUGGGGUUUUGGUCUUAUCAAUUGGAUAAAAUCGCAUGAAGGCUUCUAAGUUCAUAUCCUCCUUGUAAGUGGCAAGGGAAAAAUUUGUAAUAUUAAUGAUUGUAAUAGGUGGUUGUUUUCUAUAAAUUAUUUAG